CAGCAUUCAAAUGGACGCAUCGUCCCUCGUCCACGCCCUAGCGCAAGAGGGCACAGUCGCACACGACGAAGUGUGCCUCGCAUCGGCGGGGCAGCUGGAGCGGGCAGCGCGGUUCGUCGCGGUCCAUCUGGGCGAUAGACCAGAAAUCUUCGAGGAGCUGGAACAGGCGCAGGGCGCAGGCGCCGACGCCGACGACGUAUGGGCGUUGCUAGGGCGCCUGUGGGCGCAGCUCGCCGACAGCUUUGACCCUACCCCCGGGAGCGCAGCAGCCAGAGCCCAGCUCGCGAGCGAGGACUCGCGGAUCGCGCUCGCGCUCGCCGCCGCCAAGCUGGAGCGGAACCUCGUCGCCGGCGUGUACGAGUACCAGAAGGCCGCGCACCCGCACGAGCCGGCCGUCCGCCGCGUGAUCUUCAACGUGACUACGUUUACGAGGAUCGAAGACCCGAAAUUCUUUACUCUACAUGCCGUGCUCGCACAGCUGCUCUCCAACCUCGUCUCUCCCACCUCGGACCCGAGGUCAGAGGACCUGGCGGAUACCACGCUCGAGACGUACCUCUCCGGCGGGCGUGACGACGACGUAGUGAUCCGCCUGCUCGACUCGCGCGACAUCAAGACCAACACGGCGACAAUACACCUCAUCAACAACCUGACGCGGGACGAGCGCAGAAUACCCCUGCUCCUCCGCCCUGCAGGCGUGAAAUGGCUCGCGCAGCUCCUGGGCCGGAUGGACGAGUGGCUCGAGGCGCAGGACGGGCUGUUCGAGCUCGCGGCCGCCAUCUUCUCGCGGGUCAUCGACGCCGGGCUCCAGGCGCAGCUGUAUGCCGCGCUCGCGGUCCCCGACGAGGCAGUCACGCCGUCGCAGACGACGCUGCUCAAGCUCGUCGACUCGUCGCUCGCGUCGGCGUCGCCAUCAUCGCCCAACCCCGCGCCGUCGCCCAACGCCUUCAUCCUGGACGCGUGGCACGCGCUGGCGCGCUACGCCGCGCUGUCGAUGAACAGCGGGCAGGACGACGCGCGCCUGCCCAAGAUCCUCGCGGCGCUCAUCCUCGCCACGGAGGCGCUGUCUGCCAUCGUGCUGAGGGCACAGGCUCGCGCCGACGCCGCCGAGCGGAAGCGGAGGCCAGUCGUAGCCGGCGGCGACGAGGAGAUGGUCGCGGCGAUGAAGAGCGGCGAGAAGAGCGUCGUCAAGCCGCUCGUCGAGCUGCUCAGAGCCACCAACACGUUCCUCCCCCGCGUUAAGCCUACGCGACCAGAAGACGCGCCAGAGGCAACGCAAGCCCAGCUGCCGUUCGCGAAUAUCAAGCGCGACCUCGUGCGCCUGCUCGCUGCCCUGGCGUACGGGGACACGGCGUUCGGCGACGCCGUGCGCGAGGCGGGCGGCGUCGAGCUUGUGCUUUCCCUCUGCGAGACGGACGAACGCAACCCAUACCUCCGCGAGCACGCGCUCCUCGCCGUGCGUAACCUCAUGACUGGUAACCCCGCAAACCAGGCCAUCAUCGCGCAGAUGGACCCGCUCGGCGUCGUUGGCGACAACGGCGAGCUCUUGCCACUCCCAGAGAAGAUGAAGAAGGGGUACCAGAGCACCGUGGCGCCCGGCCCCGACGGCGCAGCUUAG